UCGACUGCCGUGUCUUUGUAUUUGUCAGCAGUCGACAGGUAAGGAACGAAGCCACACGUAUCGAGUAAGAACCAGGGCAAAGUCUGAGAAUUCAAAACCACCAUGACAAUCCAGCUGUACGUCGAUCUGAGAUCUCAGCCAUGCCGUUCUCUGGCCAUCUUUCUAAAGUUGAUGGGCAUUCCACAUGAGCUCCAAUACAUCGACCUCUUUACGGGCGAGCACAAGAAGCCAGAGUACGCGGACAAGUUCCCUCUCCAAGUAGUUCCAGGACUGAAAGAUGGUGAUUUCUACCUCAGUGAAAUGGUGGCCAUAUUCCGUUACCUGACAACCAAGUAUGCCGACAAGAUUGAGGAUCAUUGGUACCCUAAGGACAUGAAGUCCCGUGCACGUGUGGAUGAGUACAUCGCCUUUCAUCAUACAGGCACUAGGGGCAAGUGUGUUGCUAUCUUCGUGGCUGAGGUACUGGCUCCUGCUUUUAGUGGGAAGCCAGUGGAUCAGGAAAAAGUCAAGACUGACGCAGAGAAUCUCAAGCAGAGUCUCGACAAGAUCGAGAGGAGUUUCCUUAAAGAUAAUGACUUCCUCUGCGGCAAGGAAAUAUCAAUCGCCGAUAUCAUGGCUGUGUGUGAGUUUAUGCAGUUCACUGUGAAUGGUCGUGAUAUCUUUAAAGACAACCCCAAGAUGAAGGGAUACAUGGAUAGAGUGAAGGCUCGUCUCCAACCAGCUUUAGAUGAGGUCAAUGCUAAGUUAUAUGCGUGGAGGGAUUCGCACGCGAAGUAGACUUUCCGAAGAUUGAGAUUAUGACCCGUUCUCCUUCUGAAAACAAAACUUCAUUUCGUACUGCCAUCAUUAAGACCCAAUUCGCACAACGAUCCUGACAUCAGGUUUCAGCCAACAUCGCAAUAAUAAUGGCGAAGUUGCAAAGCUAAGCCCUGCAGCGUAAGGGCUCAUUUAGACAUGACGCAAAAAGCACCCGCAAACAAAAACCGCCGUGGUUUUUUUAGUUUAAAAGAAUGGCAACUUAUAGUACGCACAACAAAAGAUUUGCGCCUAUUCACUAAACUCCGUGUUAUAACUUGCAGGAAUGUGCUGCGCAUGUAGGCAUGAUAAGGCAUCAUAAUCGUGUCAUAUCUGGAGGGGGUCUAACAGUGUAUUUAUAAUACUAUUGAAUUGCGACGUUCGGAUUGUGGUGCAACUGGUUCUAUUUGUGGCUAUGUCAGGGGGUGUUUCACAAAGACUAAGGUUGACUUUAAGUUGGACUUAAAUAUGGCAGGCCGCUCAUGCCACUGUUUUCUCUCACCAUUAUAAUCUUUAGAUACGAUUAUUUCCUUCAAUAAUGAAUUAUCAAAAAAUUAUAAUUCUUUAGAUUUGUAACCAUGAUUUGUACGCCCCUUGAGAUACCAAUGCCAGUUAAUUAUGAGCGCAAACAGUGGCAUGAACGGCCUGCCAUAGUUAAGUUCAACGUAUUCAAGUGGAUCUUAGUCUUUGUGAAACACCCCCUGUGUGUAUUCAUAUACUACUAUUUUCAUAAUGGCAUUAAAUUUAUUCAGGCUGUUCCUAGCUUCACCCAUACAAUGCGAUCUUAGUUUCUUGGAGGUUCUAUUUUUUCAUUUUCUAUUUCCCUUAAACACUGUAAAAUACAUGUAAAAUGAAAUAAAAAUGUAAUAAACUUGAAUAGAAUACCAACGAACAUAGUAUGUUGUUACAAUUUAAUAUUGGCGUCAUUUCAAUUGUGCUAUCCCCUACACUUACAAAGCCUGUGAAGACAAAUAGCGCAUAAGCCAGUAAUUCAACUAAAUGGAUCCGGCUGACGCAUCAAAUGACAGAUCGUGUGCAGCAUGCAUUUUCCAGUAGACAGUCAAACACCUUUAAAUACAUGUUCAUUUUCACUUAAAUUUGGUAGACAAUCUUGAGUUUAUAGUAUUAAUCCUUAUUCUUUAAUAAAGUCUAUCAUUGAGAAAAC